AUGGACUCCACCAAGGAGCUGACCGUCCACCACCAUGGGACCGCACAUAUUAUUCAAGUCCCCGCCUCGGCAACAUUACAAGACCUCUCUUCCGAAAUAGAGCGCGUCCUAAACAUCCCUAUCGACAAUCAAAAGCUCCUCAUAGCUCCAAAGCCAGGAAUGCAGAAGGCACCAUUCCCGCCAACUCUUCUCGAUGCAAUCCUCCAGACCUCCUCCCCAAGGUUCAAGAUCACCCUCCUCGGCACCCCCGCCAAAGCAAUCGCCGAUCUCCACGAACAAUCCGCCAGCGAACAGCGACGGCAAGAAUCACGCGCUGCUGCUCUAAAUGCCGCGAGACGCAACAAACAAAAACCAUCCUCCAGCCGUAGUGGCGGUAUCCAUACCAUCUCAUCCUCAAAUAACAACUACACCUUCCACCGUCUCCUCCCAUUAUCCUACCUCCCAAACCCAGACCGCUCCCUCGACUUUCUCAAACGCCUCCGUGACGAUCCAGGCAUCCGUGCCGCUAUGACAAAACACAAGUUUUCUGUCCCGCUUUUGACUGAAAUGAACCCCGCAGAACACACGACAAGCGAGUCGCGGACGCUAGGUCUGAACCGGAAUAAAGGCGAGGUCAUUGAGUUGCGCUUGCGAACGGAUGCUUAUGACGGAUACCGUGAUUAUCGUACUAUUCGGAAGACGCUGUGCCAUGAGCUUGCGCAUUGCGUGUUCGGGCCUCACGACCGUGACUUCUGGGAUUUAACGUCGCAGAUUGAGAAGGAGGUUGAUCGUGCUGAUUGGAAGUCUGGUGGGAACCAAUUGUCAAAUCAGGAGUUUUACAAUCCUGGUGAUUGGGAUAGUGUACAGGGUGGAGAGGAGUUUGUUGAUGAGUGUGGGUGGACCGGUGGGGAGUUUGUGCUUGGUGGAUUGCAGGGCGAUUCGGCUGGAGCUGAGGCUUCAGAUGGGACGCUAUCUCGUAGGGAAAUCAUGGCGCGGGCUGCGGAGGAGAGGAUGAGGAGGGAGAGUCAGACCGGGAAGCAAGAUGAUGCUAAGUGA